AUGGCCGCGAGAAACACUCUUCGCCGCGCCCUUCUUUACAUCCCCGGCUCGUCGCAGCGCUUCAUCGACAAGUCGCGCUCUCUCACAGCCGACUGUGUCGCCUACGAUCUCGAAGAUAGCGUCACUCCACACAAGAAAGCCGAAGCUCGCUCACUCGUGCGGAGAGCUCUUGAUGAGCCCGCACCGACAAGCAUCCGCGAACGCGCCGUGCGCAUCAACUCUGUCGACAGCGGCCUCGCUCUCGCAGACCUAACUGAAGUCCUUAAAUCCCCCAACCUCUCUACAAUCGUGAUCCCCAAAGUCAACUCCGCCUCAGACCUCACCUUCGUCAACGACGUAAUCAACCACACCCUCUCCCAACAAGCCCAAUCCCAAGAAAGGACGCCAAUCUCCCUUCUUGCUCUCGUUGAGUCUGCAAAAUCCCUCACAAACCUCACCCAAAUCACCUCUGCAACGCCCCUCCUACAAGGCCUCAUCUUCGCAGCGGAAGAUUUCGCGCUCGACCUCAGCCUCACCCGUACCCCAGCCCUGACUGAAUUCCUCUUCGCGCGCUCCGCAAUUGCCACUGCCGCCCGGGCUGCGAACCUCCCCUCCACGAUCGACCUCGUCUGUACAAACUACAAAUCGUCCGAGGUCUUGGAGGAAGAAUGCCGCAGCGGUCGAGGUCUGGGGUUUAACGGGAAGCAGUGUAUCCACCCGUCGCAAGUUGAGACAGCCCAGCAAAUCUACGGUCCUGACGAGGAAGAAGUCACCUGGGCUGUGAGAGUUGUGAUUGCCGACGAGAAGGCCGCAAAGCAAGGGAGGGGUGCGUGGACACUUGAUGGCAAGAUGAUCGAUGUUCCUGUAGCGGAGAAGGCGAAGGCGAUUGUGAAGAAGGCUGAUCAGUGUGGGGUUGAUGUUAACGGCUUGAGGGGGAAAUGGAGUGGACAGGAGCCUGAGUAG